GUGACGGUGGGGUGUGCGGGCGAGGUGGGGGAGCGCGCGCUGGCGCUGGGCGCGGCGGCGGCGCUGGACCGACACGCCGCCGACUACGACCGCCAGCUGGAGGACCUCGGCCCGUACGACGCCAUCCUGGACUGCGCGGGGCUGGGCGGCGCGGCGGCCGGCACGCGCGCCUGGCGCUUCGGCCGCUACGUCACGCUGAGCCCGCCGCUGCUGCGCGAGACUGACCGCCGCGGCCUGCUGGCCGGCACCGCCGCCGCCGCGCUGCGCCUCGCCGCGCACUCGGCCGCCGCAGCGCGCGCUGCACCCCCCGCACCCACCGCACCCACCGCACCCACCGCACCCACCGCCCUGUGCCCGCCGCACGUGCGCUGGGCGUUCUUCUCGCCCUCCGCACACGAUCUGCAGCUGCUGCGUCGACUGGCCGACGCCGGCAAGUUCACCGUGGCGGUCGAGCGCGUGUUCCCGUGGUGGGCGGGGCGCGAGGCUUACGAGCGGGCGGCGGAGGGCGGCGCGCGCGGCAAGCUGCUGCUGCACAUGACC